UGCGCCCAGCUCCACGCCACAGGGGGACAACGCUGGCCCCCAGCCUGCUGGGACAGCACUGCGGGGACAAGAGGCUGCCUGUCCCCGCCGGGUGACAGCGGCCCAAUGCCGGUGGCACCUGCAGAGAGUGCCCUCCUGGCAGCAGGACGGUGCCAUCCCCUUGGGCUACCUCCCCGCAUGUACUGGCAUGGCACCGACACUGCUGGAGGACACACGAGGAUGGCCCCGAAGGACAAUCGCCAGCUGCAUGUAGCAGAGAGGGCAGGAGAGGGGCUCUGUCCCCAGGAGCCAGGGGAUGCUGCAGCCGUGGCAGGACACAAACACCCGAAUUUUGGGGUGAGAGAAGGAAGCAGAGUCCUGGCAGCUCCCUGCCCUGCAGCUCUCAGCAUACUCUGGUGCCAGUGGGGCUGCGAGCAUCGCUGCCGGCGUGGGACACGGCAGCCAUGGCACAGGAGGAAGCACUGUGCAAGGCCUCCAGCUCGGCACUAGCCCCUCAGAAAUCAACAGCUAUGCUUUAUGGUCAAUAAACAUAGUGCAACGGACAGCCGGCUCUGGCGGAGGGGAGGGUGUCUGCUGCUCUGCUGCUGCAGCAGUGACUUCUGUCACCAUUCUGGUCCUCUGCCCCAGAUCCCAGUGUCCCCUCAGCUGGCUCUCCAUGGGGACGAGGCUGGUCCCCCAGCUCGUCCCCAUGGAGCAGGGCAUGUCCCCAGGCACUGCUGGCACCCACCUGCGUAUCAAUACCAUUUUGAUUUCCCAGUCUGGCCUCCAGUGCUAUUUGGUGUCAACUGCAGCCAUCAGUGAGCAUCUUUUAGGUUGGAUAUUAGGAGGAACUUCUUUAUGGAAAGGGUUGUUUUUUUUGGUGUUGAGUCACCAUCCCUGGAGGUCUUUAAGAGAUGUUUAGAUGUAGAGCUUAGUGAUAUGGUUUAGUGGAGGACUUGUUAAUGUUAGGUCAGAGGUUGGACUAGGUGAUCUUGGAGGUCUCUUCCAACCUAGAUGAUUCUGUGAUUCUCUGAUCUUCUCUGCUCCAUCACUGAGGUGCCCAGUGAAAAGGUGACCAGGACCAGCCCCUGCAGGCAGCCUGGUACAGUGUGCCCCUCAUUGCACCGAAGUGGCUGCUGCUGGGAAUGGCACAUGGGGCAGCAUCACCAGCCGUGCUGAAACCAAGUUUCAGGUUUUUUUUUUUGAGUUUUGAGUGUUUUUGCCUCUCUGACUGCAAAGCCCAGUCGCCGGAUGGAGAAGGAAGUGGGAUUGGUUUGACAAAACUUGACUGUGAUAAACUGGUGCUGGCUGUUCCCCCCCUUCCCUCCGUGCCCCCAGGCUGGCAGUUCUGCCCCCAUCCCCUGUGGCGCAAGGAGAUGCCGAACCCCCCCCGUGGCAUGGUGUGGACGUGUGCCAGCAGCUGCCCAGCCCUGGAUGGUGCUGCAAGGCAGAGCGGGUCCGUGCAGAGCUGCAAGGGGCAGCGUGGGGUGGGAUGGAGCCGGAGCCGCUGCCCUGUGCCCCAUGCUCCGACGUGCCAGCAAGGGGACGGGUGUCACGGAGCACCCAGCAGCCUGCCCAGCCCCGAGCAGGGGCCUCCCUGCUUUCUCAGGGGUUGUUUUUCUUCCCACCCCGGCCUCCCGGCGUGCCGGUAGCCACAAGGGCAGGACGUGCCGCCUAUCUGAUGGGAGCAGUCUCUCUUGGCACUGCGGCUGGCGGCGGAGGGGCCGCGGCACGGUGGUUUUGGGCACGGGGAAGUGCCGGCGAUGGGGCGGGGGGAGCCUCCAGCCAGGCUUCCUGAGCAGCACAGCCGACACUUCCCAGAUAAAGGUAUCGCCCCGAGGAGCCACGGCAGCAGCCGGGGCGCCGGGAAGCACCGAGCACAGCACGCGGGAUGGCGGCCUGCCUGCCCCGGGGCUGGCUGCCCUCGCUGCUCGCCGUGGUCCUGCUGAGCCUCCGCAGCCCCGCGAUGGCCCCUGAGCUGGUGACAUCCCAAGACGCUGCACUGCUGGAGGAGGUGCGCGAGGACAUCCUCUGCUUCUCCCGCUCCUUCGAGGACCUCACAUGCUUCUGGGAUGAGGAAGAGGAGGCGAGCGGGAUGAGCCACUUCUACUACUGGUACAGCAGGGACGUGCCCACGGCGUGCGCAGUUUCCACGCAGCGCCGCGAGGCUGGCGGGACGCGGCACGUCUGCGCCUUCCCCAGCCAGGACGUGCGGCUCUUCACCCAGCUCCACGUCCUCGUCCUGGACGCCGCCACCAACCAGACCAGGCACCAGCGGGAGCUCAGCGUGGACGUGGUGGGUGAGUCCCUCCCGCGGCACAACACCAGGGCACCGGGACCAUCCCUACACCUGGGUCCCUUCUCCCUGCCCACCAGGGGCUGGCAGCACCUUGUGCCUCAGCAGGGCCGGGGGUGCCGUGUCGGGGCUGCCGCAGGAGGGGAACGCCACGGCACGUUCCCCGCAGGUCUCAUCGCCCCCCCGGUGAACAUCAGUGCCCGCUGGGCCGGAGCCACGGGGCAGCUCCACGUGUCGUGGCAGCCACCACUCCCUGACUACCCAAACUUCUUCCUCUACGAGGUGCGCUACAGCGCCGUGAGCCCCGCGGGGACGCCCCACGGCACAGCGUGGGACCCCGGCAAGCAGCACACCGGGGACAGGGACCCCCCCACCCAUCUGAGCAGCAGCACCCACCCGCCCACGGCCGGGGGAGCCGCAGCCUCCCCGCGAGCAGGGCAGGGGCUGGUGCAGGCCGACACCUGGGUGGUUCUCCAGCACCUGCGGCCGGGGGUGAGGUACCACAUCCAGGCGCGCACCAAGCCCGACGGCACCUCCAUGGACGGCGUGUGGGGGCCCUGGUCGCAGGCGGUGGCCGCGGAGACACCCCACUCCUCCGGGGACAUCGGGCUGUGCUGUAGCACCCCUGACCUGCAGCACAUGCGCUGCGAGUGGAGCUGGGACCCCGCGGAGCACAGCAGCUCCCACGAGCUCUUCUACCAGGAGACUCCACGUGGGGCUGGCAUAAGGGAAGAUAUGUGGCAGCGGUGCCAGGAGGCCAGCGUGGGGAUGCAGGGAGCCCACACCUGUACCUUCCAGCCCAGCAAUGACAGCGCCGUCGCCGUCCUGGUGAAUGUCACCCGGCCCCACGUGCUGCCCAGGCUCAGCUACUUCAAGGAGCCCUUCUGGCUGCACCAGGCCGUGCUCACGGAGGCCCCGCAGCUGGUGGAGGCGGCGGUGGCACAGGGCCAGCUGAGCCUGCAGUGGCUGCCGCCCCUGGAGGAGCUGGCGGAGCAGCUGGAUUACCAGGUCCGCUACGCCGCCGAGAGCAGCCCCGGCUGGAAGGUCCUGCAGGUCCCGCGGGCGGCCAGGGGAGAAGUCCUGGACUUGCGGCCGGGCGCCCGCUACCGUGCCCAGGUGCGGGCCCGAGCCGGGGGGCCGCGGUACCAGGGCAGCUGGAGCGCCUGGUCCAAACCCGUCGUGGUCGACGCCUCGGCCGACGCCGGCUGGAUCAUCCCGAGCGUGACGGUGCUGCCGCUGGUCUUCGCGGGAGCGCUGCUGGGGCUGCGGUGCACCUUCCCCUCCCUGUACAGCAGCGUGAAGCAGCGGCUGUGGCCGCCCGUCCCCGACCUGCACCGCGCCCUGGGCAGCUUCCUGCACGACGGCGGCAAGCAGGGGCAGGCCUUCUACAAGCAGCCGCCGGAGGAGGCGGUGCUGCCCUGCCUGCUGGAGGUGCUGCCCGCCCCGCCGGGCGCCCUGACACCGCCGACGCCGGAGCCCGCCGCCGGCCGGCCGCUGCCCCGCGCCGGGGCGCCCAGCACCGACAUCGCCAACCAGUCCUACCUGCUCGUCAGCGGCUGGGAGCCGCGCGGGCCGCCCUGAGCCGCCCCCCCCCCCCCAUAAACGACACCGACUGCUGCACCGCCACCCCGCCUCCUCCUUCCUUCGCGCCGCCCCCCGCAGCGACAGCACCCA